AUGGCGACCCGUAUAGCCUACGCCCUCAUCCUGCUCGUCAACUCCAUCGUGUCCUGGCUCAUGCUCACGGACUGGGCUGUCAAGAAGCUCCAACACCUCACACUCGACUACAUGACCAUCAGCUGUAAUGGGAAAGAUUGCUAUGGAUUCGUCGCCGUCCACCGGAUGAACUUCGCCCUAGGCGCCUUCCACGCCGUCCUCGCUCUGAUGCUGCUAGGAGUCCGCUCAUCGAAGGACGGCCGCGCGAAAAUACAGAAUGGCUUCUGGGGCCCGAAGAUCAUCGCCUGGUUGGGGCUGAUAGUCAUCACGUUCCUCAUCCCGGAUGGCUUCUUCAUCUUCUGGGGCAACUACAUCGCCUUGAUCGGCGCUAUGCUCUUUCUGCUCAUCGGCCUCAUCCUGCUGGUUGAUCUCGCACACACCUGGGCGGAGUACUGUCAAGACAAGAUCGAGGUCACGGAGAACAGGACAUGGACUGCUCUACUAAUUGGCUCGACCGUGACCAUGUACCUUGCAUCCCUCGCCAUGACCAUCGUCAUGUACAUCUUCUUCGCGCACGGUGGAUGUUCCAUGAACCAGGCCGCCAUUACGAUCAACUUCCUCCUCCUACUUGUCGCCUCAGUCCUCUCGAUUCACCCCGCCGUUCAAUCCCACAACUCUCGCGCCGGCCUCGCCCAGUCCGGCAUGGUCGCCGUCUACUGCACCUACCUGACCAUGUCCGCCGUCGGCAUGGAGCCCGACGACCAGCAUUGCAACCCGCUCGUCCGCGCACGCGGGACCCGCAAGGCGACCAUCAUUAUCGGCGCUAUCGUGACCUUUGUGACGGUCGCCUACACGACCACGAGAGCAGCGACGUACGGGCUCGCGCUCGGCUCGCAGGGCAACUCCUACUCCCAAGUUGCUGCCGACGACUUCGAGCAUGGCCUGGUCUCGACGCAGCCGUCGAGCCGGCGCGAGAUGCGCGCAGCUGCCCUCCGCGCCGCUGUCGAAAGCGGCAGCUUACCGGCCAGCGCGCUCGACGAUGACUCAGACGAUGAGUCGGAUGACGGGAAGAACCCGCGAGACGACGAGAGAAACUCGACGCAGUACAACUACUCGAUGUUCCACAUCAUCUUCCUGCUAUCGACUGCUUGGGUCGCGACGCUGCUCACCACCAACAGCGGCGACAACCCAGAGUCUGAUUUUGUGCCAGUUGGGAGAACGUAUUGGGCGAGUUGGGCGAAGAUCAUCAGCGCGUGGGUGUGCUAUGGGAUUUACAUGUGGUCGUUGCUUGCGCCGGUUGUGCUGCCGGAUCGGUUUGAUUAUUGA